AUGAACGAGAAUGGUCCAAAGUUAGAUAUGGGUACUCCUGGUGAUCAAUUUAUAGAACAUCUGCUGAAGCGAGAAGCUGUACAAAUUUUCCCAGGGUCGCUGAUAAAAGAGUUGCAGGAAGACAAGUCCUGCGUGUCCCUAGGCUCUGGAGGAUAUGGAACAUGCAAUGUGGUGAACAGAGACGGCGACAGAGUAGUUCUGAAAACAUUUAAAAGUGACACUAAUUUCGAUGAUGUUUACUGUGAACUCAAUGGGCUGAUCAAGAAUAAAGGGCCAGGGGUACAGAAAUUAAUUGGUUAUUGCCCCUCAGAGAAAACUCUGAUAACACGAUAUGGUGGUGAUGCUUUGGCCCAGUAUGGGUCGGAUGUAGAACAUAAAACAGUAAAAAAAUCGGUCGCAAUCUUGGAAGACGUGAUGACAACAAUAUCCCAAAUGUUAAAACGUCGCUGGUGUCACAACGACAUCAAAGCAGAAAACAUCUGUGUCAAGAAGAUAAAAACUGAUGAGCCACAAGUCACUCUCAUUGACUUUGGAUUGGCGCGCAAAAUAAGAACAGAAGUUUACGAGGACCAAGGCGAGAAGAAAGACUACCUACAACCACACUUGCCGCGAGAGCUGCUCAGAGGGAAAAGCUGCUCUAAAGCAUCUGAGGUUUAUAGCCUAGGUCAGCUGGCUAUUCAAGUUAGGCCCGGUGAAACAUCAUAUUCGAAAAACUUCGAUAAAUGGAUCAUUAACAGUUAA